AUGUCGCGAACGGAGAAGACCGUCGACGAGUGCCGGCGAUCGUCGCCAGUUCUGGAGAGGAUGGACGAGUGGAGCCGAGGGAGGAGCCAGGCCAGACACGAGAGAUUCCUCGAUAAUUUGUGGAGAGCCAGCCGCCAUACCAGCGACGACGACGAGGAGGACGAGUUCGUUUACGUCGACGAUAGCUACGAGGAGAGCUGCUCGUUGCGUCUCGUUUACGAAGAGGAUGAGAAGGAGGAGGCAGAAGUUAUCGAUCUCAGCGAGUCGCGCUCGGUCGAACCACUGACGGUGGUGAUGGAGGAGGAAGAGAACGAUGACGACGACGACGUUGUCCUCGUAGAGGAAUUAGAGGGGUUGCGUAAAGAAGAAACCGUCGUCUUUGUCGAUCUCGGCGUGUCGCGCUACACGGGCGAACCACUGACGCUGGUGUUGGACAAGGAGAAGGACGACGACGACGACGACGUUUUCCAUCUCUUGAACAGCCUAGAGGGGCUGUGUGUGACGCCGUCGACGGAACGCGAAGAAGAGAAGGAGCCGGAAGAAGCCGUCGUUAUAGAUCUGACCGAGUCGCGCUCGGCCGAACCACUACUGACGAUAGUGAUAGAGGAGGAGGAGGACGACGUAGUCGCAACGAGAGAGGUUGCGUAUCUACCGAAAUUAACGCCACCGUCAUCACCACCACCACCAACGUCGUCGCCGGAACGCGAAGAGGAAGAAGCCGUCGUCGUUGGCGAUCUCGGCGAGUCGCGCUCGGUCGAUCCACUGGUGACAGUGACGGAGGAGGAGGAGGAGGAGGAGGAGGAGGAGGAGGACGACGACGUUGUCGCAACGAGAGAGGCG